AUGACUCAAGAAGAAGUUGCUGUUGCUCGUCCCGAAGACAUCCCCCAAAAGCAGGUGGAAAAGCAAGGAGAGAAGGAAGAGGAGGAAUACAAGGAUCGCUUCUUGGAAGGCAACCAGCGCAUCAUUGCGUACGAUCUGUUGGAAGCGCGUGGCAAGUCCUCUGAGACCUCGGAUCCUGAUGUCAAGCGUUAUAAGAAAGCCAAGGAAAUGUUCCGUAAGGGCUAUGACUUGGCCAUGACCAUCCCACGUACCUUGGAGGACGAUUCCCUGGCACAGUAUGAGGAGGACAUCAAGACCGCUGCCGAAACUCUUGUUGAUGCCUGGAUGCUGGAUGACAAGGCUGCACCAAUGUCAGAGCGUGUGCUUAUCCUUGGUCAACAAUAUGAAAAGGUCUUGUUGAAGAAUAUUCCCGAAGAGCAACGUGAAGGUUUCUUCAUCAAACAAAGCUUGUUAUUCUCUGCUUGGAUCCUCAUGGUUGGACGACAAUAUCAACACUGCUUGACUACCCUUAGCCUUGCCAUCGAUAGCUAUGAUGACUUGCCCGCUCGCGUCUAUUUCCUUCGUGCAUCGUGCUACUUUUCCAUUGGCAAACUCAGAAUUGGUUUGAAGGACUUGGAACGCUGCUUGCAAAAGGAACCUGGUUUCAAUGUGGCAUACAGUGUUCAGGGAUCGAUCUACAUGAACCUUAAGGACCGUGAGAAUGCCAUCAAGUCAUUCAGAGCAUACAUUGAGCGUGGCCAUCCUGAUACCGCAGACUAUAUCAACUCGCUCUAUUCCUUGUCAAUCCUCUUCAAUGAAAAGAACAAAAAGGCCGACUCCCGCAAGUAUUAUAAAAAGGCACGUGAUGCUGAAGCACGAUUCAAGUCGUUGUAUGGUACCAACACUGGUAUGAGUGACAUCAAGCGCCAAGCUAUUCAAAUCCAUGAGACCCCUGAGGACGCUCGUCAGAUCAUUGUGAAUGCUAUGCCAGCUAAGCAAUACAACAACAAGAUUGAGCAGCUCAUCCAAGCUGGUAUCCUUAAUUCGCCCUAUGCUCCAAGCCCUGACAACUGCUCGAAUUGUGGUGCCAAGCAUUUGAAGGAUCAACCUGACAAGGGUUUGCUUUGCUGUGGUGGAUGCAAGAGUAUCUGGUACUGUAGCCGUGAAUGUCAAGUUACCGAUUAUAAGGCAGGACAUAAGAUUGCAUGCAAGAAGGCUAAGGCUCAACAACAACAACAAUCAUAA